AUGACCGCGGUGGCCACCCGAGUCGCCUCCAUCUGCGACAUGAUCGAGGAGCACCGAAAAUCGGGGGCAGCCAUCUGCUCUAGGCGCGCUGCCGCCAUCUCCGCCAUGAUCGACGACGUAGCCGCCACCGCCGAGGGGAGGCCGGGGACAGGCGGCAGGAGGAAGCGGCGUAUGGAACGCGCCUGCUCGUACGAGGAGCUCGGCGAGCUCGGCGUCGGCUUGUCUGGCGUCGUCGUCAGGGCACGCGACCGCGCCAUGGGCGAGUGCGUGGCCGUGAAAUCCCUCCAUCCCGAGCGCGCCGGCGGCCUCGGGAAGCUCCUGAGGGAGGCCUGUUUCAUGGCGGCCAGCGGUGGCCACCCCUCGCUCGUCGCGCUCCGCGGCAUCGCGCGGACGCCCGGCACCAUGGACGACCACUCCCUCGUCAUGGACUACGUGGGGCCGAGCCUGCUCGACGUCCUGCAGGCCCGCGGCCGGCCGUUCCCGGAGGCCGACGUGCGCGGCGUCAUGCGGCAGCUGCUGGCCGGCGCCGUGGCGAUGCACCGGCACCGUAUCGCCCACCGCGACAUCAAGUCCGAGAACAUCCUCGUCGGCGACGGCGGCGCCGUCAGGAUCUGCGACUUCGGGAGCGCCAAGUCUAUGGCCGAGCGGGAUCCGCCGGGCCGCAUCGCCGGGACGAUGGAGUACAUGGCGCCGGAGGUGCUGGCGAAGAACGCGGACCAGGACCUUCCCGUCGACGCGUGGUCGCUCGGCUGCGUCAUGGCGGAGCUUCUCACCGGCGAGCUGCUGUUCAGAGGAGAGGACGAGGCGGACCAGCUCCGCGAGAUCUUCGACGUGCUCGGUGUGCCGGAGGAGCGGGUGUGUCGAGCCCUGGGGCCCCGGGCCCUCGCCGGCGAGGUGAAGCAGUGGCGCGCACGGCAGCAGCGGAUGCGGCACCGCAACCGGCUGCGCGAGCUUCUCCCCGACGAGUUGCUCUCCGACGACGGAUUUGUGGUGUUGAAGGGGCUCCUGACGUGUGAUCCCAAGAAGCGGAUGACGGCGGCGGCGGCGCUCCGGUGUACGUGGUUCACUGACAAUGUUGAAGAUGCUCGUGCACGACCUGCUGCUAGUGCUGUUUCCAUGAUCGACGCCACUGCCAGGAGACGUCGUGUUGACUGCUCACAUCAUUUGCUCCAUGACCUUACGACUGCUUAG